GUGGGGACCACAUUGACACCCGGAAGGGAAUACGACCGGUGGCACGUUGACUUCCUUCGACAUUAAGGGGAUCGGAAUCAGAUUUGGGGAAAAUCAGGGUUUGGAUGUCGAAGUAGUUGCAGGUUACUGUCAAUGGAAAGUUCCUUUCCAAGGAAACCAAUACAAUGGGGUCAGUCUGUAAUUAGAAAUAAUAAUAUGCCGCUAAAUGUAAAAAUAAAGACUCAAAUGGCUAAUGUGUGAAUAUGCAUUUGCCUAUCAAAUCUUGCUGAGAAGUGAGAAGCCAUAAUAAAACAAGAGCAGUCACACUGAUCCUCACUGCACCUCCACGAAGAAGAAAUGGCAGCAACGUUAGCUCGAGUGCAACUUCUCCGUCCAUCUCCGGUGGUUAGACCUUCGGUCAUUUUUUCGAAUUGUCGUCACCGAAACGCCAUUGACUUCCGAGUCCGCAAAUUCCACACCUCUCGUAUUCUGUGCUCCCAAUCUGACCAAACCCCCGAGGGCUGUUGCUCGCCAGGUGGAUCCAUUGUUGGAGAUUUAUUGGAUUAUCUCAACGAGUCGUGGACUCAGUUUCACGCUACUGCCGAAGCAAAACGACAACUUCUUGCUUCCGGCUUCCAUUUGCUGAAUGAGAAUGAUGAAUGGGACCUAAAGCCUGGUGGACGAUACUUCUUUACACGAAACAUGUCUUCCUUGGUUGCUUUUGCUGUUGGAGAAAAGUACACCAUUGGAAAUGGUUUUCAUGUGAUUGCCGCACACACAGAUAGCCCAUGCUUAAAACUUAAGCCAAAAUCUGCAUCAUCAAAAUCUUGUUAUCAAAUGGUCAAUGUGCAGACUUAUGGGAGUGGUCUAUGGCAUACUUGGUUUGAUAGAGACUUGAGUGUUGCAGGUAGGGUUAUAGUGAGAAGUAGUGAUGGUUCUUACUUGCAGAAGCUUGUCAAAGUAAAGAAACCGCUGUUACGAAUUCCAACUCUGGCUAUUCAUCUUGAUCGCACGGUGAAUAAAGAUGGGUUUAAACCAAACCUGGAGACUCACCUUAUUCCAAUCUUUGCUAUGAAACUGGAGGAAGCUGAGUCAAAAAGUAAUGUAUUAUCUCCGAAAGGUCCUCACCAUCUUCUGCUCAUGAAGGUUUUAUCAGAAGAGCUGAGUUGCAGCAUUGAUGACAUAGUUAGCAUUGAGUUGAAUCUUUGUGACACCCAACCUAGCUGCCUUGGAGGAGGAAAUGACGAAUUUAUUUUUUCUGGAAGAUUAGAUAAUCUUGCUUCAAGUUAUUGUGCAUUAAGGGCUCUUGUUGAUUCAUGCAAAUCAUCCACUGAUUUAUCAAGUGAACAUGCUAUCCGUAUGGUUGCGUUGUUUGACAAUGAGGAGGUAGGUUCAGGUUCAAUUCAGGGAGCUGGCGCACCAACCAUGUUUCAGGCCAUGAGACGCAUAGUUGGUUGCUUGGCUCAUGGUUACAUCAGUGAGGGUGUGACUGAGCGAGCGAUUCGGCAAUCAUUUCUUGUGUCUGCGGACAUGGCUCAUGCAGUUCACCCUAAUUUUAUGGAUAAGCAUGAAGAGCAUCAUCGGCCAGAAAUGCAGAAGGGACUUGUUAUCAAGUACAAUGCAAAUCAGCGGUACGCAACUAGUGAUGUCACAGCUUUCCUUUUUAAAGAAGUUGGCAGAAUUCACGACCUUCCAACUCAGGAAUUUGUGGUGAGGAAUGAUAUGGGAUGUGGAUCUACCAUAGGUCCAAUCCUUGCAUCAGGAGUUGGCAUCCGUACUGUUGAUUGCGGCAUUGCUCAGCUUUCCAUGCACAGUGUGAGGGAGAUAUGUGCAAAGGAAGAUAUUGGCAUUGCUUACAAGUAUUUUAAAGCAUUUUACCAAACAUUCUCAAGCAUAGACAAGAAGCUACAAGUGGAUUAGAAUGUUGCAUACUUAUUGCGCUUGUGAACAAAACUCUUGUAUGCAAAUCAAAGAGGUAGAGAGAAGAGAAUAAGAUUUCAUUUAUUUCUCCAUCAAACAUCUUCAGUUCAUCAAAUUAAUUUUCCUCCAAAAGUCGAAGAUCUAUAUAAGAGCUUGAAAGUUCUAAAUCUCUAUAGUUUUCAUGCCGAAAAAGAGUGAGGGACAGUGCUGGGGCGAUCUGCAUCCAGAGAU